UCGGUCCACUAAAACCCCCCGAUUCUGAUUCUUUUCUCUCUCGUCAGUUUUCAGUUCUUCUGCGGCGAUGGCAGCGGCGGCAGGGCCACGCACGGUGACUCUCGGCGGAAAAGGAUCUUCGCUGAACUCAUCCUCCGUUUUCUACGUGGCGACCGGCUUAGCUCGCGUCACAAUCGACUCCUCAGCACUAUCUCGUCGCUCCUCCUCUUCUACCAGCUCCGCCGCAAAGUUCUCCUUUACGAUUCCUGAUUAUUUCACGGCGAAGGAAGCUAGGGCGUCUCUAAUCCUUCUAUUGAAUAAGCUGCUGCUCUCUUCCUCUUCCUCCGCCUGUGCUCAAUUGGUGGAAAUUCUCCAACAGAAUGUUUUAGGUUUGGAUUAUACAAUUGAUAAUGUCGCAUCGGAGGAUCUGGCUGUGGUUGAUUACUCUGCUGCUGCGCUUGCUGGCGUUUCUGCUAUUCUGGAUCACCACACUUCCGCUUUGGUCUCUAUUGUUGAUGCUGUUGCAGCUUUAUCGUGUGAGGCGCUGCGAGCUGACGUGUCGCCCUUCAAUUUGAUGGACUCCGGAGAUGGUUCAACGGCGAAGGACGCCGUUGCUGUGGCAGCUGAUUUUAAGGUGUUUUUUAACGGUUCGAAGCUGGUUAAUUCGGGGAAGAAGCUUUCGGACGAUUCCGUGGCGGAGAUUCCGUCGCUCCAUGGAGAUUUCAGGGAUGUUUCUCGAUCGCUCCACUCGAGAGCUAGAGUUCAGUUGAAUUCCGGAUUCGGAGCUGGCUCGGCGAAGGUUUUGUCGAUGGCAUUGGGGAAUUUGGCUUCGUGCCUGUCAUAUUUGGGGAUUAAUAGCAUUCGUCGAACCCAUCUUCUUCUCUCCAGUUCCAUUUCUGAUGUGGAAUUGUGUUCUCGUCUCUCGGAAAUGAUAGCUGCUAAAUCCUUGCGCCCUGCUCUGGAGGAGCUGUACGCAUCUUCUCAAACUGCUCGUUUGGAAGAGGAUUAUCUGUUAUUCGUCCAUAAAAUUUAUGAAUUACUCGACGUGGUGAGGAAUGUAGUUUCGUGGGAGGCUACAGCUGCGUUCAUUUCACUUGGAGGAAGCGAGAUUUUUGGCGAUAGAAUUCAAGGGGACAAUGGGAGUUUGAGUGAGCCUAAAAUUGGGGAUAAUCCUAAAGCUGAUAAGAAAAGCGAGAAGAAGAAGAAGAAAGUUUUUAUGGGGAAAGGAACAGAUGCUCUCAUGCAGUUUAUCAAGGACAAGUUGCUCGGGGGAGCUGCAGAAUUUGACUUGGAAAAAUUCGCUCAGGAUUUCCAGUCAUUACUGGAUGCAGAGGGUCCAUGUUUUAAUGAUCUCGUCGUGAAAGUGAAAGAGAUUGUGGAAACCAAUGAAAGUCGAAGGCUUCCGAAGCUACCUAAGGGUACCCGUGAUUUUGCAAAAGAGCAGAUGGCAGUUAGAGAGAAAGCUUUCAAAAUUAUAACCGAGGUUUUUAAAAGGCACGGCGCCACAGCUUUAGAUACCCCGGUCUUUGAAAUGAGAGAGACUCUUAUGGGAAAGUAUGGAGAAGACUCAAAAUUGAUCUAUGACCUUGCUGAUCAGGGUGGCGAACUCUGUUCACUCCGAUAUGACCUGACAGUUCCUUUUGCUCGAUAUGUUGCUAUGAAUGGCUUGACAUCCUUCAAAAGGUACCAGAUAGCAAAAGUUUACAGACGGGACAAUCCAUCAAAGGGACGUUAUCGUGAAUUCUAUCAAUGUGACUUUGACUUUGCUGGUCAAUUUGAAAAAAUGUUGCCAGACUUUGAGGUCAUAAAAAUCUUGACAGAGUUGCUUGAUGAACUAGCUAUUGGAGAUUACGAGGUGAAGCUAAACCACCGGAAGUUACUUGAUGGCAUGUUGGCUAUCUGUGGGGUGCCACAAGAGAAAUUUAGAACUAUUUGUUCAAGUAUUGACAAGCUAGACAAGCAAACAUUUGAGCAGGUUAAAAAGGAAAUGGUAGAAGAAAAAGGUUUGACUGAGGAGACAGCCAAUAAAAUUGGAAGUUUUGUUGAAAAUAGAGGAUCGCCUAUGGAGUUACUGUCCAAGUUAAAACAGGAAGGCAGUGAGUUCUUAUCAAACAGUGAAGCAGAGCUUGCAUUGAAUGAAUUGGAGAUUUUAUUCAAAGCUCUACUGAAGUCCAAGUGCAUAAACAAAGUAGUUUUCGACUUGAGUCUGGCAAGGGGUCUGGAUUACUACACUGGAGUCAUAUUUGAAACUGUUUUCAAAGGGGGUGCACAGAUUGGUUCAAUUGCUGCUGGUGGACGCUACGACAAUCUCAUAGGUAUGUUUGGCACGAAGCAGGUUCCCGCUGUUGGAGUCAGCUUAGGAAUAGAGAGAGUAUUUGCUAUCAUGGAGCAAAUCCAAAAAGACCAGGAUAUACGAGCAACUGAAACUCAAGUUCUGGUGAGCAUCCUAGGCGACGACAUCUCACUAGGCGCCGAACUGGCGAGUGAGCUGUGGGAUGCCAAGCUGAAGGCUGAAGUUAUGGUGCAUACGAGACUAAAAAAGCACAUAGACCGUGCCAUAGGGUCCAAGAUACCCUACAUGGUGAUAGUAGGCGACCAGGAGCUCAGCAAAGGCGUCGUCAAACUGAAAGAUGUCACUGCCGCAACUGAGGACGAAGUCCCAAGAACCAGACUCGUGGCGGAGCUACAGAGACGGUUGAACAUCUCACCUUAAUAGACAGCCAUAAUCAUCCUGUUUCAGUUUCUCUGAUUUUGACAGUGGAUAUAACAGUUUUUUGACCCCCUUCUUACACCAACAAAUUUAGCUAACAUGUAUUUUUUCUUAUAUAUUUUGCUUUGUACACUGUUUAAGGAUCCACUCAUGUUACAAAAUAUUUUGUGUAAAAAUCUGUCCUAAACGAAUUACCUGGAUGUUAAUGUAGGUGAUAUCUAAUUUUGGCCCAA